UCCCUUGUAGGCUGUUUCAAUGGGUCGUCUGAACCCACCAAACUAGAAGGACUAAAUUAGAUAUGAAAUGUUAAUGUUUUUGUCGUUACAUUCAGAGGGGAUUAGGUAAAUAUAAAAUCAAGAGGACUUAAAUUUAAAGUUGUCAAAAUGAUGCGCUUUAUGCUGUUGUUCAGCCGGCAGGGGAAGUUGCGGCUGCAGAAAUGGUACACUGCCACAGCUGAGCGCGAUAAGAAGAAGAUGGUGCGUGAGCUCAUGCAGGUGGUGUUGGCACGGAAACCCAAGAUGUGCAGCUUCCUCGAGUGGAGAGACCUUAAGAUAGUCUACAAGAGGUAUGCCAGUCUGUAUUUUUGCUGUGCAGUGGAGGAGCAGGACAACGAGCUGAUUACCUUAGAGGUCAUCCAUCGCUUUGUGGAGCUUCUGGAUAAGUACUUUGGCAGCGUCUGUGAGCUGGACAUCAUUUUUAACUUUGAGAAAGCUUACUUCAUCCUGGAUGAGUUUUUGAUGGGAGGAGAGAUUCAGGACACUUCCAAGAAGAGCGUCCUCAAAGCCAUCGAACAGGCCGACCUGCUACAAGAGGAGGACGAGUCUCCCAGGAGUGUACUGGAAGAGAUGGGUCUGGCAUAGAGCUGUUACCGCAGCCCAUUCGGCCUUCGGCAGAGGAGGAGAUGUACAGCUACUACUGCUACCGAAGAGAGGAUGAGCUUUACUAAAAUGUGGGGGGAAAAAAAUUGGGAGGGUGGGGGUGGGUUAAGGACUGAAAGUAGAAGAUAAAAGAAAGAACACAGCAGAGGUCACGCAAAAGAUUGUAGUUUGGUUAACUUUUUUUGCUACUGAUUUUCAGCAUGUGAUUGUACUGUAGCCUCACUCUUGUUUGUCUUCAUGUUCUGUAAGUGACAGACUCGGACCUGACCUCUUGACUUUCCUGUAAAAACAAAACGAAACAAAACAAUACAAUAAAAAAAAUAAAGAGUGCAAAUGCUCACACAUGAAUGCAGCAGCCAUCAACACAUACUUAAAUGAUUUUUGACACCCCCCCCUUUUCACCUUACCUACAGAGAGAAGGCUACAUCCUUAGUGUCGGAGGUGUCAAGAGUCACUGUUUGUUGCUGCAUUUAUCCAAUUAUAUGACCAACUACCUUAAUGCAACCCCCAAAAAUUAUAUUAUUACCUUGUCUUUAUUUUGUUGUCGCUGCUCAGGAAAGCAUGACAGUAACCAUCCACUCGUUUUUUUUUUAUUUAUUGUUUUUUUUUUAAUUAUUAUUAUAGAUAUGCUAUUGACACCACUCAUGUUUUCCAGCUUUAACAGUUUGCUAAGUGUUAUGUAGCAGCUGCGCGGACAGUCUGUGUUUAGCUAGCUCUUCUUCUGUGUGCUCUUAUAACACGUAGGAGGACAAAGGUCUGUCUUAAAUGUUGGGAUCAGAUCAGCUUUAUGUCUGUCACAUACACUGAACUUUUUAGCACAAGACUGGUCGCAUAGAAGAUGUUUGGACCAGUCACUGGCCUUGUUAUAUGUUUUGCACAAGGUGAAACUCCGCCUUGAAAACAGUGAAAUGUUGUAGAAAAUUAGACACAAUAAAGGAUUUUCAAUAAAUUGUAAACAGAGCAGGAAUCUAUAGAAUACAUGUGAUACUGAAUAAGAGUGAAGGUUAUAUUUACUCUGUUUUGGAGCAUUGUUUGCAAGGUCUUGAUAUAUGCCUCAAAUGUGAAGAAAACGGGGCACAAAAACUCAUUUGGAACAUGGAGUCAAAACCUUUUCUUGUUUGUUUCUGUCUACUUGCUGCUUUCCAAAGAGAUGUUUUUGUCUUUUUUUUUUUCUUUUUUUUGUCUGUGUUUAUGGGAGAAAAGGGAAGAAUUAUACCUGAAAAGUAAAACAGGGCUUUGAUAUUGAGUGUGUUGUCGUUUGGCUCUUAAAAAAAAAAAAAAAGAAAGAAAAAAAGCUUUUUAAAUGUGUGGUGUGACACAGGGGAAUAUUUUGAAUUUCUUUCUGUUUUUCUGAGAUUGAAUAGUUAAUACAGCAGCAUGGGGGCAUGUUUACUUGUCAAACAGCCAUUGGGUAAAAGAAUUGUGCGUGAAUGUAAUUUUAUAAUGAAAUAAAAUGC